AUGGAGGCAUUAGGGAGGAAAAUGGUAAAUCUAUGUGUUGGGUUACCGUUAGCAAUCAUUGUGCCUAGUGGACUUUUGGCAAGAAAGCAUACAUUAAGGGAAUGGGAGAUGGUAUACCAAAAUGUUCAUUCGCAUAAAUGGAAUGACGACCCAACACAGCAUGACAAUGGAGUAUCAAAGGUGUUAGCUUUAAGCUACCAUGACUUGCCUUAUCAAUUGAAGCCAUGUUUUCUAUAUUUUGGUCACUUUCCGGAGGAUUAUGGGAUCAAUGCUGAAAGACUAUAUCACUUAUGGAUAGCUGACGGUAUAAUUGUAGAUGAUGAUAGAGUGGGGGAUGAAACAAUAAUGGAUGCGGCAAAACGUUGCUUGGGUGCACUAGCACAGAGGUGCAUGGUUGAAGUACAUGUAGACAUGUAUACUCAAUGGAUCAAUUAUUGUCGCAUUCAUGACCUUAUGCUGGAUUUGUGUUUAUCAAAGGAAAAAAUGAAUGAUUUUCUUGAGAUCAUUCAUCUCCAACGCGAAACUGAUCUAGCUGAUUGCUUUCCCACCACAUCAACAACCACUACUCCUAAAAUACGCAAACUUGCAAUUCAUUUGAGUAGGGAUGUCGAAAGAGUUGUCCUCCCUGACUUGGAGACAACUAAACAGCUAAGAUCAAUAUUGUUGUAUGAUCCAAGAAUUCACUUGUGGCCUUUAUCUAGUGACGAAAAGUCUUCAAUAGAGUUGAACUUCCAUGUCAAGUACUUCAAAUUGCUUAGGAAUUUGGAUCUUGAAGGAUUUGAGUUUGAUGAAAAGUCAGUCGAAUCAAUAGGUAACCUAAUUAGCUUGAGGUACUUGAGUUUUAGAAGUUGUUUCAUACCUAAGUGGCAUUCGUCUAUCUGCAAGUUGAAAUACUUGCAAACCUUGGAUUUACAACAUUGCGAGUUCAACCCAGGUGAAGUAAUAGUCUUACACGGAAUGGAACAAUUGAGGCAUUUGUAUAUUCCUCGCAAUGCUAAAUUCAAAUUUGAUGGGUUAAGCAACCUCGAAACAUUAGGAGGGUUUGACACAAGAUCUUGUGACGUCAAUGAUCUAUGUAAAUUGAUCAAUCUUCGGCAACUAGAAGAUGCAACUUUCUCAGAGGAGGACAAUCAGGACUUAGCAGCUUUCAUCAACUACCUAAACAUCAGUGCCAACCACCUUCAACAUACAUCCUUAUCAGUUGAAUUUUACAAAAAACAAGAAGAGUUGACUCUUCUCAAAAACAACUGUAGUGGUGCCUUUAUGGGGGACAAAAUGGUUUGCUCAGCUAAUGGUUUCCCCCAACUCAAAACCCUAUCUCUCUAUCAGUUGAUACUCUUAAAAGAGUGGGAGGUGGAAAAAGGAGCGAUGCCCAAUCUCUCUAAUUUAAAAAGUGCUUAUUGCAAAGGACUGGAAAUGGUUCCAGAGGGACUGAGAUUCAUUGCUACCCUCCAACGAUUUACAAUUAGAGGAGCGGACAAUAAAUUCAAUAACAAGCUUCGAUGGGUCAAUGGUGAAGAAGGAGAAGAUUUUUACAAAGUGCGACAUGUGUCUUCCCUCAACAUUAUUGGGUAA